AUGGAUUCAUCUCCAAAUGGAGUUGUACAAUACAGAAUACAUGGGAGUAUCCCAGUUACUUCAACAUUCCAAAUUUAUAGUAAUUCAAGUGCAGAGAAAUUAGGUCUUUCUAUUAAACCAGGUGUUUUUCUUGACUAUGAUAAAUCGAAUCAGAGAAUUUUUAAAUUAACUAUUGAAGCAAUUGAUGGAGGUCAUCCUGCACGUACUGGUCGAAUGCUUGUACUUGUACAUAUUACAGAUGUAAAUGACAAUAUACCUGUAUUUAAAAAAUCAAAAGAUACCAUAACAGUACCUGAAAACACUAUGUUUGAUGAACCUAUAUAUAAGGUACAGGCUACUGAUGACGAUUCCGAUGAUAAUGGACUUAUUAAGUAUUCAUUUUCCCCAGCAAAUCCUACCACACCAACCUCUGUUAUUGAGAAAUUUAAUUUUCAUUCCACAACAGGUGAAUUAUACCUUCGAGAUGUUUUGGAUUAUGAAACAUUUCAAGAAAGGCAAAUAGAACUGUUGUUUAUUGCUUACGAUACUGGAGAUCCACCACUUUCAGCUACAGCUCAGUUGACGAUUCACGUGAAAGAUGUCAGUGAUAAUCCGCCUCAGUUAAUUGUACAACUGAAUAAUACUAUCAAAGAGAACAGUGAACCCGGUCAACUAGCUCUACGUCUUAUGAUUCGUGAUAAAGAUGAAGUAUCCCGUGACAUGAUUGAAUGUCAUGCAGAUGUAGACCAGAAUGUUCCAUUAAGAAUGACUGUUUCUCCAGAGAAAACUAUGCUGACUGUGAUUACAACAAUUCAAUAG